CGCUGCCUUUUCCACUUCUAUUUUAAAUUUCCUUUUAAUAUCUCCCCAUUUCGUUAGGCGGCACCGAAAGGAUGCGAGUCCUUGCGAUUUCUUCUUCCUCCAUGGCCAAUCCGAGCUCUCCCUCUCCUCCAUCUUCAACAUUUCCACUCCAGUGGUUGUGAGUUCGGUUUGUGUGUAUUGUGUAGUGGUUCUCCCUUUCCCUGUUCAAUUUUGGUGCUCCUGUCCCUUCCAGAUCUUGUAGUUUGACUCGAUUCGAUCCCCUGAAGUUUGAUGUGGAUGAAGGUGCACGUAUUUUGAUUCCCCUGGGCCUUUUGUGGUGGAUGUAGUGGUAUGUGUUUGGAUCCCCCAGGCGUUUUGAUUCUGCUAGCACAUUUGACGUAGAUGUAUGUGCAGAUGGUUGAUCGCCCUGGCCUUUUUUCUUGUUAGAUGUAGCAGUAGGUGUUCGAUUCCCCUGGGCGUCUAAUUCCCCUUGCCCGUUUUGAUGUAGAUGUAUGUCUAGAGGCUUGAUUCCGCUGGAGUAGCAAAUAUGAGCUCUACCUCAUUCUCCCAUUGUCUCUGUAGAUGUAGGUGUUUGAUUCCUCUUGGCUAGGUUUUGAUUUCAGUGUGGAUUUGUGGUCUGUAUCGGUGGGGCUUGUGCUUCUUCAUGUUGAUUAUUGUGAUAAUUCUUUCUAAAAUUGUGAUCUAGUUAAGUGGAGUGCAGGUAGUGUUUUAGCCAAACCUCCCCUCUCUGAACUCAUCUAUUUAGUCAUAUAUAUGAAGCAACCAAAUCUCUUUGGGUGUGUGUGUGUGUGUUUGCUGGUUUGCCUUUUUUUUUUUGCUUAGUUAAUGUGUCUUUCAGUUAUUGUCUCUGUUCAUGCUUAUCUCUGCACAAAUAGUUGUUGCAACGGGCUAUUGGAACUUUCGAUGCUCACACUAUAUUAGGUUGUUUAAUGUUUAGCUUGGUGUUAUGUAGUACCUGUUUGUUCACUACAUUUGGAGUAUGGUUCUGGCUCACACUGUAUUUGUAAUUCUACUAUAAAUUUGCACUAUAAAUCUAUUGAAAUUAUACUGUUAAUCCACUGCAAUUACAUGUAAUUCUACUGUAUUUUUACACUAUAAUUCUAUUGUAAAUUGCACUGUAAAGCUACUAUAAAUUACAGUAUUGAUCUACUACAGUUACACUGUAAUUCUACUGUAUUGUUUACUUUGUAAUUCUGCUGUAAAUUACACUGUAAUUCAACUAUAAUAUAAUGUAUUUUCACUGUUAUUUAACUGUAAAUCAAUUGUAAAUUACAAUGUGAUUCAAACUGUAAAACUGUGAUCUUCUACUGUAAUUGAACUGCAGAACGUUACACUCUAAAUUACACUAUAAGUUCUUUACUCUUUUUCAACUCUUCCUUUUUGUGUGUCAUGUAAGCUUAUAGGAUUAGUUUAAUGGGUAGACUACGGAAGGUUCUCACCAGGACGUUCCUGUAGUAUCAACUUUUGAAACUGCAGAUUAUUUCGAUGAACCUUUUGUGCCCAGCAACUUCGUGGUUUAUGAUUCAUUUUAAUGAGUUGUCGUCGGUAGUUAUUCUUGUCUAUUUUUUUGUUAUUUUCCUCAUUUGGUUUAGUUCUUUAUUUUAGUUCAUUUUAAUUUGUUUAUUGGCUAUCUCUUUUUAUGCAGGAACUAUUUGUAGAUGAUGGCAACUUUUAGAAAGCUCUACUGAAGUUCUAUAUGAAUCAUUUGCGUGCUAUCUGUUUACUUGUAGUCCUUGCAUUUUUUAUUUUUCUUUAUUUAUGCCUUUUCCACCUUCCUUUGGUUUACAGUCCUCUUCAUUCAUUUGUUAUUUUUUUUCAGAAAGUAAAAUGUUUGAAAUGAAAGCUUUCAUGUUCCGGCACAAAGAAUGUGGAGCCUACGACCCCCUUGAUCCAACGGGCAACAUCACAAUCAGAUGGGAUGUGAGGAGCUGGGUUCCAGAUGGCUAUGUGGCUGAGGUUUCACUAUUCAACUAUCAGCAGUACCGCCACAUUCAGCCACCGGGAUGGAAGCUCGGUUGGGUGUGGUCAAAGAAGGAGAUAAUCUGGUAUGUGCAAGGUGGACAGGCUACAGAGCAAGGCGAUUGCUCCAAAUUCAAAUAUGAUAUCCCUCACAGCUGCAAGGUGAACCCGGAGAUAGUCGACCUGCUUCCCAGGGCACCUUCCAAUAGGCAGAGGGCCAACUGCUGCAAAGGUGGAGUCCUCAGCUCACUGGCACAGGACCCUGCUAAUGCUGUGGCGUGCUUUGAAGUGUCAGUUGGUCGAUCAGGGACCACAGCCAAGACUCUGGAAUUGCCUGUGAAUUUCACUCUGAAGGCCCCUGGUCCAGGGUAUACCUGUGGACCUGCAACCAAGUUAGAUGAACCUACAAAGUUCACUACACCAGAUGGAUAUUCCUUGUGAAUGUUUUUUCGGCUAUUGACAAAUCCUCUUAUCGCAGAUGACACCGCUCUGUUAUGGGGCAUCAGGCACUACAAUGAUUAUCUCUUGACUGCUGGACCUGAUGGAUAUGUUCAGUCUGAGCUACUAUUCCGGAAGGACCCGUCAACAUUCACCUUGCGGGCAGGAUGGGCCUUUCCAAGAAGAGUGUACUUCAAUGGCGACAAGUGUGUGACGCCGCCUCCAGAUGCGUACCCGUGGCUGCCAAACGCAUCCACGAAAUCAACCGUAUCAGUUAUCGUCCCAUUGGUUCUUUGGAUGCUUGCUAAUCCCUACUUCUGAGAAGAAUGAAGGGAAAAGGCUCGGAAAAAUCCUUUGCUACGGAGCAAAGUUGCUGCUGGUAUUGGCGUCUGAUUCAACAGGAAUAGAGGCUGGGCAUCGUUGACAAAGACUGGAAUGAAAAAAAGAAGCAAUGCGUUGGAAGUGGUGAAAAAAAGAAGGUGCUGUGAACUAUCAGGAUGUUGUUGCGUGCUCUGGUUUUGCUUUCUUAGGUGCUAUCCUUGUUCCUGGUAUGCUUUGCUAGAGAUGUACGCUGUUUCAGUUUCUUUGACUGUAGUUUUGUGUACUUCCCAAGUUCCCAGAGUAGAGGACUUGAAAGUAGGCGCUUGGUAGAAAAAAGACCUCUGUUACUUUUGCUGUGUUAUCAGCUUCUUAAUUGAAGCUGGGGACGUUGCCCCUUGAGUCGGAAAAAAAGUAGAAGGAUUACCUUCCUCAAUUUUCUCAACUAAUCAAUCAUUUGCUGGUCUA